AUGCAGCCGCAAGGAGGGGGAAGAACUCCGCCGAUGCACCCGCAAGGAGGGGGGAGAACUCCGCCGAUACAUCCGCAAGGAGCGGAACGAGAGCCGAGGGACGGGGUGAAGGAGGCCAGCGGUGAGGGGAGACAGGACCGGGAGCCGCGGUUCCGUGGGGGGGGUGGAAGGGGGGAUGUAGGUUCGGGAAUGGCAGGCCAGAGAGGGAGGCUCGGCAGGGAGGAGAGGGGCGGCGACGGGAAUUGGGGUGGUGGGAGGGGGAGAUUUGGGAGGGAGGGCAGGGGCGACGGCGGCUUUAGAGGCGGAAGGGGGGGGCGUUGGGGGAGGGACGGGAGCGGAAGGGGGGUUGGCGCGCGGGGAAGGGGGGCUGACGAGCGAGGGAUGGGGAGGAGCAGGGGGGGUGAUUGGGCGGAGCGAGGGGGGAGGAGUGGAGGAGACGGGAGAGGUGGUAGGGAUGGGCGGGUGGACGGAGGGGAGGAGGAGAGAGAGGAGAGGGAGGGGGGGGAGGAGAGGAGGGAGGAGAGGAAGGAGGAGGGGACGGAGGAGCGGGAGCGUACGGAUGGUAACACUGUAACGCGUAAAGGAAUCUGGUCCCGAUUGGGUACAGACAGCAGUCAGCAUGGGAAGGAGCAGCUUCGCGGAAGCAGCAGAGAGCGAGGAGGGAGUGAUAUGGGCGGCAGAGAGGGGAGAAGCGAGGACAGGGGGCGUGUGGAGAGGAGGGGGAGCGUGGAGAGAUGGGAAAGCAGAGAGAGGAAGGGGAGUAUGGAGAGAGCAGGGAGCAGGGAGCGGGAGAGAGAGAGGGAGAAGGAGAGUGAGGGUCGGCCAUACCCACACCACAGGCAGAGGGACUCCCCCUCGCACAGUCACAGUCAUAGUCACAGCAAGGGGGACUCUGACGGGCGUGACAAUAGCGAGCGGAGAGUGAGGAGCUUCCAGGCUGGUCGAAGCCCGCUGGGUGUGGAAAUGAGUGCGGCUAGAGGCGCUUCGUUACAAGACAACUCGAUAGAAAGAGGCGCUUAUUCGAAGGACGGUUCACGCGAGAGGAGCGAGAGAAGCGAGAGGAGCGAGAGGGGAAGGGAGUUCAAUGGAAGCCGUUUGGGAGCGGAGGCUAGAGUGCGGCCGAGUUUUGGGGAUCUAGAGGAAGGGGAAGAGGCGAUGGGGUGGGAUGGGGAGGAGAGGGAGGAGGGCGAGAACAGGGGAGGGGGGUACGAGGGGUUUGAGGACCAGGGGGUGGGGGAGGAGAGGGUGGAGAGGGGUGACGUGGGGGUUGGAAGGGAAAGAGAUGCGGUUGGGAGUGGUGAUGGUGGUAAUGGUGAUGGUGAGGAGGAGGAGGACGGGGAGAUGGGCGGUGGGGCAUGGGGGGAGAAAGAGGGGAUGGUGGUGGGGGGAGAGGAGGGGGAGAUUGAGGAAGGGGAGUUUGAUGGAGGUGGGGAGAGGGAGCCUGGGGGGGAAAGUGACUUUACGGAGCGUGAUAGUAAGGAGCGUGAGCGUGAUAGGGACGAGCGUGAUAGUAAGGAGCGUGAUAAUGCAGGGAGGAACUGGAUGGAUGACUUAAACGAGUUGGAAGAGGAGCAAGAGCCGCAGGAGAGGGCUGGUGUGAUAAAAACGGGGGCUGAGAACGGGGAGGUUAAGGGAAGAGGAGGGAAUGGGGUAGAGACGACGGAGGAGGCGGGCAGGGGAGAAGGGGAGCGAGUGAGGCAGGGGGAGAGGGAGAGGGAGGAUGAUAAGGAGGAGGAGGGGGAGGAGGAGGAGAGGGUGGAUUGGGGGGAGGAAGAGAGCGAGGACGAGGAGGAGCAAGGUUUUUGGGACAAUGAGCGGGAGAGGGAGGCAGAGGAGGGGUAUAGAGCUCCUGGAAGGAUGGGAGGAUCGGAAGGGGAGGAGAGGCGGGAGUUGGGUGGCAUGAAGGACGACACGAGGAGGGGAAGAGAUAACGGGGGAGCGGAAGAGAGGCCAGUGAGUGUAGAUGCUAGCACACGGAAGACUCCAGCAGGGGGGGCUGGAGUGGAUGAAAGCGAGGCGAGUGAGGAGGGGGAGGAGACGUGGAGGAGGGGGAGGGCUGUGGAGAGGCGUGAGGGGAGAGGUGAGGGGAAAGGUGAGGGGAAAGGUGAGGGGAGGGGUGAGGGGAGGGGUGAGGGGAACGAUAAGGGUGCUGGUGAAUGGGGUGGUGGGACAGGAAUGGGUGUACGGCAAGGGUCCAGAGGGGAUUUGAAGGAGUUGGAGCGAGAGGAGGGAGAGGAGGGUGGAAAAAGUGGGGACAGAGAGGAGAGAGAGAGGAGAGAGGGGAGAGAGGAGGGAGAGGAGAGACGGAGGGGAGAGGCGAGAGAAGAUAGAGAGGAGGGUGAGAGGGUUGGUGCAAGGGCAGGUGGAGGCAUGGGCGUUAGGAGAGGGUCGAGAGGGGACCUGCGGGAGAGAGAAGGAGAGGGAGGAGAGGGAGGAAGGAGAAAAGAGGUAGGGAAGACAGGGGAGGAAGAGGAGGGUGAAAGGGGUGGGUUGCGAGGGGAAGGCAUGGGUGUGAGACGGGGGUCUCGAGGAGACUUGCAGCGAUUGGAACGGGAAGAGGAGGAGCGGCGUGAGGGGCAGGGGAGUGGAGGAAGGGAGGGAGGGAGGGAAAGGAGAGAAGUGCACAGGGGGGACGGGGAGAAGGAGAGAGGAGAGAGGGAGAAGGUGAGGGAGAGUGAGAGGGAGAGGGAGAAGGGGAGGGAGAAGGAGAAGGAGAAGGAGAAGGAGAAGGAGAAGGAGAAGGAGAGGGAGAAGGAGAAGGAGAGGGAGAGGGGGGGAGAGAAGGAGAGGAGGAGUGAAAAGGAGGGGAGGAGGGAGAAGGGGCAUGAGAAGGAAAGAGAAAGGGAGGAGAGAGAUGAUAAGGGGGAUGAGUUGAGGAGGCGGGAGAGGGAAAGGAGGGAGAAGGAUGGAGGGAAAGGAGGGGAGAGGAGGGAGGAGAGGGAAGGCGGAAAAGGCCACGAGAAGGAAAGGGAGCGAGAAAAAGAAAGGUUGAAGGAGAAGGAGAAAGAGAGGGAGAGAGAGGGACCAAAAGGGGAGGCAAAAGAAAGAAGAGACAGAGAGAGAGAAGUAAGGGGACGAAGUAGUGAUAAGGAAAAGGCGUCAAUGGUUGGAGGUGAGGAGACAAGGGAUCGUGGGGACGGGUGUGGGAAGGAACGUGAUGGUUGGCACAAGGAUGGGCAGAAGGAUGGGGAGAAGGAAACAGAUAGGCAUGGUCGUGACAAGGCAGGUGGUAGGAAGAGGGAGAGAGAGGAUGAGGGGGAGGAGGGGAGGGAGAAAGGGAGGCAUAAGGUUGGGCAUCGAGAGAGUGGGCGGGAUGGUCGUGAGGGGAAGAGGGAGGAGGAGAAGGGACGGAAGAGGAAGGAGGAGAAGGAUAGGGAUAGGGGAGAGCAUGUGAGGGAAGGCAGAGAGAAGGAGGAGAGGAGGGUGAAAGAAGAUCGAGGAAAGGAAGAGAAAGGGAGGGAAGAGGGGGAGCGAGAUGAGAGAGGGAGGAAGGGGUUGGUUAGGGAUGAGAGAGGAGAAGAGAGAGGGAGGGAAUCGAAGAGGAGGGAGGGGAGAGUGAGAAGGGAUGGUUCAGAGGAGGAUUAUGGUGGGUCGGAGGGGGUGGAAGGGAGGGGACAGAAGGAGGGGAGAGGGGAUGAGAGGGGCAGUGGGGAUGGGAGGGGAAGUGGGGACGGGAGGGGCAGGGGCGGCAGCAGCGAGUUUCAGAAGCCUUCUUUUCGAAAGGCAGGAGAACAGGAGAGGCGAGGGGAGGAGAAGCGAGGAGAGGACACAGGAGAUGAGGAUGAGCGGAGGGACGAGGAAGGGGAGAUGAGAAGAGGGGGGCCUGUGGGUGGGAGAGGCAGGAGCUUUUUGAGAGAUCAAGGGGGGGAUGGGAGAACUGAUGAGGAGUGGACAGAGGGGAGGGCUGGUGAGGGGAGGGCCAGUGAGGGCUGGAAGGGGGAUGGAACAAGGAGGCCCGGGGAUGGGUGGAAAGGGGAUGAGGUCCGGAGACCUGGGGAAGAGAGGCAAGGGGAUGGAACGUGGAGGUCUGGUGAGGAGUGGCAAGGGGAAGGAGCUUGGAGGGCUGGGGACGGGGCUAUGAUGGGGAGAGGGCGAGGCAGGGACUGGGGCGUGGGGAGGGGCGGGAUGGGCAGGGGAAUGGGGAGGGGGGGUGUGAACGACAUGGGGAGGGGAAUGGGGAGGGGGGGUAUGAACGACAUGGGAAGGGGAAUGGGGAGAGGCAUGGGUAGGGAUGGGGGUAUGGGUAGGGAUGGGGGUAUGGGUAGGGAUGGGAGCAUGGGUGGGGACAUGGGCAGAGGCAUGGGUAGGGGCAUGGGGAGAGGUAUGGAAAGAGGUAUGGGGUAUGAUGGAGGGAGGGAGGGGGGGGAUGCGCGGAGUAAGGAAGAGAAGCCAGGAGCAGCAGCAGUAGCAGGGUUAUUGAGCAAGGGGAACAGAAGUGCGGUAGAGGAGGAGUUGGAAGCAAGAAAGAGAGAGAGGAUGAGGCUAAUUGCUGAGCUGGCGCGGAAAGAGAAGGAGGAGGGCGAGGGGGGGACGGAGUGGGAGGAGGGGGAAGAGGAGGAUGGGGAGGGGGAGGGGGGGAGGAAAAGAGGGCGGAGGGAGGGAGGGGAGGGUGGGGAGGGUGGGGAGGGUGGGGAGGGGGAGGAAGGAGAGGAGAGGAAGAGAGUGGGGGGAAGUGUAAAGAGGAGUAGGUGGGGAGAUGAUGAAGUGGGAGAUAUGGAAGAAGGGAUGGAAGGGAAGGGAAAGGGGGAUCAAGGGAGAAAGGGGAGAGCAAGGGGGGGAGAGGAGGAGAUGAGUGGUGGAGAGGGAGAGAAGGAGGGGUGGAGGGAAGAAGGUGAGGUGGGGGAUAUGGCGGUAGGGCAUGGGGAGGAGGAAGGGAGAAAGGAGGAGGAGGGAAGGGAGCGAACGGAGGGAGUGGGUGGGUCGAAAUGGGGUAGUAGAUGGUUGGAUGAGGAGGAGGAGGAGGAGGAGGAGGAGGAGGAGGAGGAGGAGGAGGAGGAGGAGGAGGAGGAGGAGGAGGAGGAGGAGGAGGAGGAGGAGGAGGAGGAGGAGGAGGAGGAGGAGGAGGGAGCAGGAGGGGGAGCAGGAGAGGGGGCAGAUGAGGAGGGUAGAGCGAGGGUUAAUACGCUGGAUGAGGAGGGUAGAAUGAGGGUUAGUACCCCGGAUGAGGAGGGUAGAACAGGGGAUAAUACCCCUGAUGAUAGGGGUGGAAGGAGAGACAGGGGGGCUAAUACUAGUAUGGAGGGGGAGGGGGAGGGGGAGGGGGAGGGGGAGGGAGAUGACGAGGGGAACGGGAAGGGGAAGGGAAAAGGGGAGGAGCAGGAGGGAGCCGCCAUGUUGAGUCGACGGUUAGGAGCGCUGUUCGCGCAGGCGAAGGAGUCGACGGGCAUCGUCGGCCUCGAUGUUGUCCCCAACGCGCGGCAGGUGCUCAUCGGCCUCUACAACCAAACCCUAAGCGCCGUUCAGGUGAUUCCUCAGGAGGCCGUGUACAGGCAGAACGUGGAGGCGCUGACGCGGCAGCGGCUCGCGGUGUGCGAGGAGGAGCAGGAAGCGGAGCAGAUCGAAGCGCGCGUGCAAUGCGGACAGGUGGAGGAGCUGAUCGAGCAAGCUAAGGACGAGCUAGAACUGAUUCCUAAAAUGGCAGAGUGGAAGCCAUGGGAGGUCGGAACCGGCUCACCUUCCCCUCUGGGCCCGUCUCUAGUGGAGAAGCGACCCAAGCUAGACGGUUACAGCAGGUUGCCUGCUCGAGGAACCGUCAACUUUGCUCUCUUCUCCAAGCAUGCUACAGCCGUGACCCUCUGCCUGUUCCUGUCCGGUAAGCAGGGCUCGCCUCCUGAUCUCGAGAUUGCCCUGGAUCCCAACAGCCAACGAACGGGCGACAUCUGGCAUGCUUCUGUGGAGAACGUGCCUCUAUGCGGUAUGCUGUAUGCUUAUAAGGUGGACGGUCCAAAGGGGUGGGGAGAAGGCCACCGAUUCGACCCUUCCCUGUUGCUGAUAGACCCCUACACACCCCUCGUGGAUGGGAGAAGGAAAUUUGGGGAUGGGAGCCAACGAAUGGCUCAGAUGUACGGCACUUUUGACUUUGAAUCUGAGCCGUUCGAUUGGGGAGAGGCGGAAGCCAAGAGAAAGCCUAUUCCCGAGAAAGACGUGAUUAUAUACGAGAUGAACGUGCGGGCAUACACUGCAGAUCCCUCUAGUGGGGUCGAGGAGGGGAGACGAGGAAGCUACUCAGCUGUUGCGGAUAAGGUGCAGCACCUGGUGCAGCUGGGAGUGAACGCGGUGGAGCUGUUGCCCAUCUUCGAGUACGAUGAGAUGGAGUUCCAGCGGCGCCCCAACCCCCGCGACCACAUGGUGAACACGUGGGGCUACUCCACUGUCAACUUCUUCGCCCCCAUGUCCCGCUUCGCCUCUAACGGCGGCGGUCCUGUAGCAGCAGCAAGGGAGGUGAAGGAGAUGGUGAAAAAGCUGCAUGCAGCAGGGGUGGAGGUGAUUCUGGAUGUGGUUUACAACCACACCAACGAGGCUGACGAUACCUUUCCCUAUACCACCUCCUUCCGAGGGAUUGACAACAAGACAUACUACAUCGUUCAGCCGAACAGCUAUGUGCAACUGGCGAAUUAUGCCGGGUGUGGUAACACGCUCAACUGUAACCACCCGGUGGUGAUGCAGAUGAUCCUGGAUAGCCUCCGGCACUGGGUGCAGGAGUACCACGUGGAUGGGUUCCGCUUUGACCUCGCCAGUGUCCUGUGCCGAGGGACCGAUGGAGAGCCCCUCACAGCGCCUCCUCUCAUUCGGGCCAUUGCCAAGGACGAGGUGCUAUCCAAGUGCAAGCUGAUCGCAGAGCCGUGGGACUGUGGGGGACUCUACCAAGUGGGAAGCUUUCCCAAUUGGGACAGGUGGGCGGAGUGGAACGGCAAGUAUCGAGACGACGUGCGCAAAUUCAUUAAGGGCGAUGAGGGCAUGAAGGGGCCGUUUGCCACUCGACUGGCUGGAUCUGCUGACAUGUACCAUGUCAAUCAGCGCAAGCCCUACCACAGCAUUAACUUUGUCAUCGCUCACGACGGCUUCACACUCAGGGACCUCGUGUCUUACAACGUCAAGCACAACGAGGCGAAUGGGGAGGAGGGGAGGGACGGCAGCAACGACAACUUCAGCUGGAACUGCGGAGCGGAAGGUGCCACACAGGAUGAGGGAAUCAUUGCGUUGAGAAACCGCCAAAUGAGGAACUUCCACAUCGCGCUGAUGCUCUCCCAGGGAACACCCAUGAUGCUGAUGGGGGAUGAGUACGGGCACACGCGUAACGGCAACAACAACAGUUACGGCCAUGACACCGCACUCAACCACUUCCUCUGGAACCAG